CAGCAUGUCUGAAGACAAGCGACCCACACUCUCAAUGAUUCUUCCUGUAAAAGCAAAGCUUAAAAAGAACUUUGAACCAUCAGAUGAAGACUCAGUGUUAAUCAGAGAGAUGAAGCAGGCGUUCAAGAAUGACUUGGAGAAACGCUACACAGGCCUUGAACAUCUCUUCCACACUGCAGCAGCUCUGGACCCCCGUUUUAAGUCCCUGCCCUUCCUCAGUAACCAUGAUGCAGAGAGGACAUUCACAAGCAUAUCAGCAGAAGCAGCAUCCCUGCAUCACAAGGUAACGGGGGGUUCAGUUCAGAGAGGUCCAGUGCAGACUGAUCCAUGUCAGAGUGAACCUGCAAAUGGAGAUCCGGACGUCUGCAUUGAUGUACCCCAGACCCAAGAUGAGCAUAAAGAUGAUAAACCUCCUUGUAAAAAGAAGAGAAUGUCAGCCCUGGACCAGCUGUUGGGAGAAGACUUUCAAGUAAGGACGGCAUCUAGAUCUGUGAGGGACCAGGCCAAUGAAGAAGUCAAGAGGUACAGAGAGCGUGAUCCUUUGCCCCUGAAAAAAAACCCACUACAGUGGUGGAAAGAGCAACAGGACUUGCCACUGCUGUCAUCUAUGGCUAAAAUGUAUCUGUGCAUACCGGCCACCAGUGUGGCAUCUGAGAGAGUUUUCAGCACUGCAGGAGAUAUUGUUUCCACAAAACGCAGUCUACUCAAAUAUGAGCAUGUGGAUCAGCUGAUUUUCCUUGAGAAAAAUCUGCCGCAAAAAAAAGAUGAGGACAGUGAUUAUGACGAAUAA